UGCCCGGGGAGAAAAUACAUGCGCACAGUCGGUCAACUCAAGUGCAGUCAACAAAUGUUCAGAAGCUAGCUGUGAACGUGUGUUAUGACAGCAUGUACGUGAAUAAGUUCAGUCGCCUCAUGUUCGGGCUGUACAGCCGGAACACCGCCGCUGUGUGUGGGGUGGUCCAGGCCCAGAGAGCGGGAGGACGGAGCGGGUUCAGCUGGACGGCGGUGUGUAGACAGCGGACACUGUGGCUGAGGAGGAGCGCCUCUCUGGAGAGCCAGCACCACACCGUGCCCUGUCACAUCAGCGCCCGCUCGGCCUCCCACAGCACGGUGGACCCCGACGAGGUGAGGAGGUUCCAGUCACUGGCCAGCAAGUGGUGGGAUGAGCGGGGGGAGUUUGCUGCUCUUCACGCCAUGAAUGACCUGAGGGUGCCUUUUAUACGUGAUAAUCUGCUGAAUGAGCACAGACUGGGGCAUCCUGGGAAACCAUUGGCAGGCCUCAGGAUUCUGGAUGUGGGCUGUGGAGGGGGCCUGCUCACCGAGCCUCUGGGCCGGCUGGGAGCUGACGUGCUGGGUAUCGACCCGGUAGGGGACAGCAUUGGUACGGCCCAGGUGCACACGGCCUUCGACCCGGACCUCCGUCAGCGGGUCAGCUACCGCGCCUGCACCCUGGAGGACCUCUCAGAGGAGGAGGAGGAGGAGGAGCAUGGGGGGGGGCACUACGACGCUGUGGUGGCCUCCGAGGUGGUGGAACAUCUGGCCGACCUGGAAACAUUCGCCUUCUGCUGCGGACACGUGCUGAAGCCCACUUCAAACGGGUUCCUGUGUUGCCGUACUGGUCACCCGCCGCCUCCGCCCAAAGCUUGA